GACACCCUCUUUCUCAUUCCCCUGCCAAGGCACCUUACUGUCUCAAAGUUGACACCAUUUCUUCAUCAAAAUGUCGACAUCUCUCUUUCUCUCUCAUCUCUCUCUCUAUAUCCAUACGUUACCGGUAAUCUGUGCGCCGCUACGCACGAUAAAUCAUAAAAGCCCCUCUCCACCCAGAAUCUUCAAUCUAUAAUCUGCCUAUCGGCUAUCACUCUCUCAGGCCGAGUUUCCACUGCAUCGAGAUUCGCCACCGCAAAUAUAACAACAGAAUAGAGUUUUCUGUUCUCUUCUCUAAUCAUGUCACUCGUUGAGGGCCUUCUUCCGUUUUGCAUGGAUCAAAUUAGAGCGAAGACGAAGGUCUUCACAGACUCCUUUUUGCAGAAUGUCUCUCAAUCUUUGUCUAACCACAGCUGUGGCAAUUCUGAAAAAGAGUUAGGGGACUGCCAAGACAGCGGAUCUGCUUUCAUCCUUAAAAUGAUUGCUAUUGCAGCUAUUCUCAUUGCUGGUGCAUUUGGAGUUUCAGUCCCAUUAAUUGGCAGGAAGCGACGGUUCCUUCAAACAGAUUCUAAUCUCUUUGUUGCUGCCAAAGCCUUUGCAGCUGGUGUCAUCCUUGCCACCGGCUUUGUUCACAUGUUACCUGAUGCAACUGAGCAACUGACUAAUCCCUGUCUACCUGAAUAUCCUUGGUUGAAAUUCCCAUUCUCUGGAUUUAUUGCAAUGAUGGCAGCACUAGCUACAUUGGUUGUUGAUUUUGUUGGGACCCAGUAUUAUGAAAAGAAGCAAGAGAAACAAAGUCAAACAGCACAUAUUGAAUCUGUGGAUUCAGAGUCUGACACUGUAAUUGUUCCAGUGGAGACAAAAGGGAGGAAUGGGAAGUUGUUUGGGGAAGAAGAAGGAGGCGCAAUUCACAUUGUUGGGAUGCAUGCACAUGCAGCUCAUCAUAGACAUAGCCACUCUCAAGAAGCAGGUGCAUGUGAAGGCCAUACAAAGGAGCAUUCACAUGGUCAUUCACAUUCCCACUCACACAGUUUUGGUCAUGGGGAUGAGGAAAAUGGUGUGAGGCAUGUAGUUGUUUCGCAGGUUUUGGAACUUGGUAUAGUAUCUCACUCGAUGAUUAUUGGUCUAUCGCUUGGGGUUUCAGAAAGUCCAUGCACAAUUAGACCCUUGAUUGCAGCACUAGCAUUCCAUCAGUUCUUUGAAGGGUUUGCUUUAGGAGGAUGCAUUUCGCAGGCCCAGUUUAGGACUCUACGCUCCACUCUAAUGGCCACGUUUUUUGCUGUAACAACCCCCUUAGGGAUUGCUGCGGGCCUGUGUGUUUCCUCAUUCUAUAAUCCGAGUAGCCCUAGAGCGAUGGUAGUGGAGGGCAUCUUCGACUCUAUCUCUGCCGGAAUCCUAGUCUACAUGGCUUUGGUGGACUUAAUUGCCGCCGAUUUCUUGAGCAAAAAGAUGAGCUGCAAUACCAGGCUUCAGAUAGCUUCAUAUUUUUGCCUGUUUUUAGGGUCUCUACUGAUGUCAUCUCUGGCAAUAUGGGCUUGAAUUCACAUAAUUUGUUGCAUGCAUAUGCUGUUUAGCUUUUGUUGUUUUCUUAGGAAAUCCAAUAAAAGCAUUGUUUGUGUUCUUUUAUUUCUUUCUAAUAUGGGUGAGGAAAGUGAUGGUUGAUAACCUAGUGGGUGAAGGUGGUGGAGGAGUUGAAAAGCGAAUGCCAAAUUUGAAUUUAUAAAAAAGUUAAGAAAUGCUAUUAUUCUUUCUAUUUCAA